UCCAAUUUCUUUGCCGCCCCAAGCCAUCAUUAUCAUUUUAUUCAACACCGCCUUCUCCACUCAUCACCAUCCCCAAACCUACUCGUUAAAGCCUUCGCGAUAAAGGAAGAUUAUGAUUUGGAAGUUAAAAGAGUUCAAGGUUAUGGGCUGCUAUUGGCUGGCUACAAUACCUGCUUUCUCUAGUCUUUUCCCUCAACCCAAGUGGAUUGAUUUAGGCUCCAAUACUUGUAGUGUUCAAGCUAUUCAUUGGUCUGCUGCUUUUUGUUUUGGUUUACAAGUUGAAAUGUAUCACUCUCUUUGAGGCUAGUUUGAAACUCCUAAUUUGCCUCCAUCUGCUAUCAAUAAAUAUGCUAGGAUUGGCUUGAAGCUAACAUGGUUUCAUCACAGACACAUUGGUUCAUUUAGAUUGGCCCUUCCUCCACACUGGUUGCCUUAAACUUAUUGUGCAUGGUAGCAGGUGGAAUUUUGGUUUUGGCCUUGUGGGAAUUAGUAAAGGUUUUGUAACCAAUCUUGGUUUUGGCCUUGUCAUUGAUGCUGGAUGAGAAAGACUUCUCAUAUUGAGAAUCAAUUGUUGCCAGCAAUUUUCUGCGUCACUACAUACUCUGAGCCCUUGUGUUUUUAUGUAGCUAGACACCUUAGGAACAUGAAUCACCGAUUCCCAAAUGUAGCAAUAUCUGAAUUCGUUCUUGAUGCUAAGGCCGACAACUAUAAAAGCACACUGAAAUCUCUUGGUAUUUCCUAUACGCCAAGCUUCCAUUUUUUUAAGAAUGGAAAAAAGGUAAAUAAGGUAGGUCUUAAGAGGCUCAGAACGGAUGCUGAGGCUUAUGUCGAAUGCUUGAAAAGGAUUGUUGAACAACUCUAUAACUUUCAACCUACAAAGAGUUCAUCUAGCAGGGAGAACAAGAGAACUACUGAAGGAAGUGAUGUAGAACGUCCUAAAAAAGUUUCAGGUUUUGCAAGCUGUGAGCUCAUUCUAUCAAAGGAGGAAUAUAAUUUGGCUGUUAACAGAAUUCAAGAUGAAUCUGUGCCAGCAGUUUUGUACUUCGCUACCUAUUCUGAGUUCACCAGUACCAUGGUAUAUGAGUUUCUUCACGAGGAUUUGAGUGAGCGAUUCCCACAUGUAGCAAUCUACGAGUUCCUCCUUGAUCCUAAGGAAGACGACUACGAAACAACACUGAAAAGUCUAAAUAUUUCCUCUAUUGUCAAUGCGCCGAUAUUCCAUUUCUUUAAAAAUGGGAAAAAGGUAGAUGAGCUAGCCUAUGAGAGAUUUGUUGAACUUUAUCAGUAUGGCAGAGACUUGGAAAAGAUUCUUGAGAAACUAUACAACACUCAACCUGCAAUAAGUUCAUCUGGAACUGGGAGAAAAACUACUCAAGAAUUACAACCUGUGAAAGAUAAGGAUAGCAAAGGAGUUAGAGGGCAGCGAGGGAGGAAAGUGAGGGAUGCCGCAAUGAUUUCCAAACAGACACAGAGUGGGGGCAAUCAUCAGUUUGUAAAUUAAUGAACCGGGUUCUUCUGUAUCAUGGCUCUCUGUGCUGAGUUCUGAUGCACAGGAAAUUAGUUGCUUCUUGCAGAUGAGAGAGGUGACGCGGGAGGCAUGUUCAUACAUGUACGAAGCACCAUAUCAUUAACACUCCCCCGUGUGAUUAAUUUAGCUCCCAGAUGUAUAUUCAGGUUCAUUGUCUUGGUUAUUUACUACUGGGUAUUUUGAAUGAUUCAUGUAUCAAUGGCCUUCUAUAGAAGGGCUAUUAUAUAAGCAUUGACAAAUGAGGUCUGAAUGUUGGUGGAAAUUCUUUGUUCACGUUGA